ACAGACAACAUACUCUAUUCUGUCCGUCGUCGCUACAAUUGGGAACAUCUUGGUUAUUCUCGUCUUUUCGGGAACAAGGACCUACUAAAAAAAUCCUACAACAUAUUAAUUCUGUCUUUGGCCAUAUCUGAUGUUCUCACUGCCCUGCUGCUCAGCACAAACCCAGCUUUUGUCCUUGGUGACGCGUUUCCUUAUCCAACAAAUCACGUCAUUGGCGACAUCUUCUGCCGUGUAUUGUGGAGUCGUACGAUUCUGUUCCAGCUGGUGGUUUUCUCCGCCUACAUCUGUAUGGCUUUGGCAACUGAGCGGUGGUAUGCAGUGGUCAGACCAUAUAAGUACAAAGAGGUCUUUAACAAGAAGCGAACGCUCGUUUACAUCUCCCUCGUGUGGCUGUGGUCAUUUCUCCUCUGUGGCACAUCUCUGUUCGAAGUUGCGUAUGUUCCCACGGAGCCAUUGAAUCGCCGCUGCAAAUGGAAAUUGUUCUGGGGUAAACAACAAGUGCGCAGUACUGUUGCAAUCAUUCAAGUCCUGUUCAAAAUGGUGCUCCCAUGCCUGACCAUGUUGUGUCUGUUCCUUCACAUGGUUUACAAGGCAGGCAGGUCUACAGUCGCCUCAGCUGAAAGCAAAGCUAAAUUGCGCGGGAAAAUGACGCGGAUGGUCGGCGCCGCCUGCUUCAUGCUCAUUGUGUGCUACGCGCCAAAUCAAAUCAACUACGCGCUGGCAAUGGCUGGAAAAGCACGACUGGAUAGCGAACUGCACCAUGGUCUCUCUAUUUUGGUAUUUGUUAACAGCUGUGUGAAUCCGUUCAUAUAUGGGUUGAGCAACAAGAACUACCGCAACGGUUACCUCAGAAUCAUGCUCUCAGUCUGUUUUAAAAUCAGUGGAAGAAUAAACAGUAAUCGAGUAACAGAUGGAAGCGACGGUACUGCCAUCACAGCAGUUUCUAUGGUGGAAAGUGCGAGGGAAAAUUCAGCUUAAAGAGAAAAACACUCAUGUGAAAAAUAAAGUCAAAUGGAGUAAAAUUACUUUUAGAUUCAAAUAAUUAACUUGAAAAUCAAAUUCCUUCAAAAAGCAUGCAUAGCGACCGCUGUCGUCUUCGCAAGCAAGUAGGGUGUACAGCUACCAGUCAUUUCUCAAUGUCUAUAAGGAAUCUUAAAACGCUUCAACUAAAACUGCGGUUAAAACCGUUGAUCCCAGAAGAAUACGACCUUGGUUGUGUGGGCACAUGAAAAAGUCGAAAAGACGAGGCUAUUUUUCACCUCCUCAGGUCAUCAACAUGCAAUUUCUCCUUACCAUUUCAGUUUAUAUUCACUGGCAAAGCGAUGAUGAGAUCGAAAAACUUUUUUGAAUGGAGAAUGUUAUCUCGAAAUGACAAUAACUUUGUUUAAUUACUCUACGAAAAAAUGCCUAGAUCCUAAGAGGGAGAAUUAUCAGCCAGAACUUUGAUUCAAAUUAGGUAAAGGGCAAAGGGAUGACCACGGAACUCUUGUUACUAAUACAUGGUUUGAUAGCAAGCUCUCUCGCAGGGUGCAGGCGGAAAAAGGAGAAGAGAAGGAGAGAGGUCAACACUAUUCACACAUAACAAAGAUGGUUGCAUUUAGUUCACCUGCCCAGUUAUGAUUUAUAUUAUUAGGCUUGAUGUCUACAGUCUACACGGUCCAUGGUUACUUGAGUCAGUUGGAUUCACUCUUUGAUAGCCUCUUUGAAAACUGUCCGAAAAAUGUAUUCAAAUUUUAUUUUUUUUAUAAUUUUUCAUAUCUAACUUAUGAUAAUUUAGCGAUAGUUGCAUGUCGGGCAUGUCCUCCUCCUCCUCAGUUCCGUUUUUUCUGUUGCCAGUUAAGUGAAUGGAUAGGAAAGUAUCUAGUUCUGCUGAAAGGUUGACUGCCCUCUCACAUAGUUCAGCAGGUUUUGAGGGCUCUGUCCUAAAUUCAGUAAUAUUUAAAGGAGCUACAUAACGGGUGUACAGGCCAGUUAGAUUUUAGAUGGAGUAUUCCCCUGAUGUUUAAUUGCUAAGAUAGUGGAGUACGGGGAUACCAAGCGGACAUGCAUUUAGAACUAAAUAUAUUAUGUAAGUGCCACCAAUUGCCGCUGAGGAAAGGGUAUUGAUUAAUACAGUGCAGUGAAACUUAUGAAAGUGUUUGCAUUGGGACAAUGUAUAUCUAUGUCCCUUUGUAAGGGAUAUAAUUUUUGUACAAAAUGAAUGUAUUUUAAAUGGUAUGUUUUAUGGGCGAAUAGGAAAUUUAAAAUGUUCCUCGCAAGUAUCAGCACAGCGGCCAACACCACAAGUCUCUGUUGAUUAACCUAACAAAUGAUGUUCCGGCUACAAAUGCUGCGUCUAGUGAAAAGUGAGCAUAAAAUAAAAGAAAUGUAUGUAUCAUAAAUGCGUCUUCAGAGGUAAAAAUGCGCCACAUUGUGCCAAUGAACACUCUCGAUAGCUUCUUUGAAAAGUGUCCAAAUUUUUGUGUUUAACGGGCCCCGGAAACGAGGCCGUCCGCCAUUACGAAACGUGCUAAUAUUCCUCGUUUAUAUCGCUUCUAUCAGUUCUUUGUAUGAUUCAUUUCCUUUAUUCUUGACCGGAAACGCUCCAUUGUAUCUAAGUCAGAAAAAACUUCAUCACCUUUACCCCCAACCCGGUAUUUAAAAAACUCUUUACACCGACGAUUUAUGCUAAUAUAAUAUGGAAAUCCCAGGUGGUCGACUGGUAAUCGUGGGCGCGCAACGAGUGGGGGUCGGGGUCGAGUAACUUCUGUCUGAGUAAGAUUUGGAUCUGGCAGACAAGUUGUAACUGGGCCGCUGUUUUAUCUUUUUUUUCCAUACGGUUUUGUUGGUGUCGGUCGCUUUUUUCUUCCUUUCUCUUUUUCGAAAUCAGAUAUGAUAGUUUUGUCUCUUUUCCUGCUAAUUUUAUUAUCAUUUGUUCCUUUUUUACUAUCUUUUUACAAUUUCCCAUAGCUAACUUAUGCAUGUUGACCACCAUGGGCAUCAAAAUGGCGGUAGCUUUUGCAAAUAUCUUGAUGGCUAAAAUCGAAAUGCAAAUCCUAAAUGAAGGCGCUCACAAACCGUUCGUUUGGAAACGCUACAUCGACGACAUUAUCUUUCUCUUGCGCCAGUUCAUUGAAGAAGCAAAUAAACUCUACCCAAUAAUCAAAUUUAAAGCUGGCAUAUUUGUUUCAGAAGCUACUCUCUUAGAUGCCACUAUCUAUAAGGAUGAAAGAUUCAACAGGGAGUCUGUUCUCGACACGAGAACCCACUUCCGGUACAAAUUCUCCACAACGUGUUACCGACAGGGAGGCCAUCUCCCAGUCUACGCCACGGGAGGAGGGCACGGCUACACUUAAGCUACCAGUCUUCUUCAGGUCUCAUCAGGUAUAGCUUGCUUUGCAUGGUGUAAGCACGGUGAGUAAGUCGUGAAAUACAUUGGUGAAGGUAAAAGCAACGUGAUUUUGAUUAAGUGUUUAGGGCUUGAGAUUUUGAUAGCCGUUUUCACGGAAAAGCUGUCAUAAUCAUCCACGCAAGCCCUUAAAAAAAACGUCUGAUUGUGGGUUAACUUAAGGAGAACUUUUAACAGAAAAAUAACUAACGUACUUGUCUAGUUUAAAGAGAACUGUGGGUAAUUUCAAAACAAUUUAUAGCGUAAUAAUAUGCACAACAAAAAUUAGAUUUUCUUCCUUGACGAACUUGGAAAUGAAACUUGCAAUAAAUUUGUUCGGGAAACUGCAAGCGAAAGCAGUGAGGAGGUCUGGAUAAAUGGCAGGUAAAUUUUCGGUUUAAAGCUCAUUGCAAAAAACAGAAGUUCAGGGCGCGGUGACGGUCAUUGUCAUGAAAGUUUGAGCAGGAGUUGGCAAUUGUUUCUCGGAAAAGGGACUCUGAAAAGAAUCUUUACAUAAAUAAAGAAAGAGAUGUCGGAAUAGCUGAGAGGCUUGCCGCAGAUGAUUUUGUUAGUAACAAACAAGUAUAUUGUACCGCGGUGCCUUUAUCAGCAGGUGCUUCAUCUACAAUCUCUUAACGUUUGACGAGGUUUUCAAGGGCCGUUGAUUCUUCUUCGGAUAAACUAGUCAAUUUUUUCUUCUGAUAAAAAUUUUUUUAAUAUAAUGGCAGCAUGAAAUAAAAUAUGGAAUCUUGCGCAGCAGCUGACCAAUUUGAUGAACCAACAUUGGGCGCUUCGAAAAUAGUUUCGAUACUUUAAAAAUCGUCCACUUUGUUGGAAAAGCUUGGAGUUUGACCUAGUGAAAACAAUAUCCCUUGACCUUUAUGACGGAGAAAAUUAGCUUUUAUUAACAACUGUAAAUAUCGAAUCAGACCAAUCACAGCAAAAGUUCGCCACUCGAGUCUUCACAGUUGAUAAUAUCAAGGCCAAACUUGUUUAAUUAAGGAAACAGAAGUGUAUCGCUCUAAUGACCAACGAUUGUAAAUUACCAAACUCUCAUCAUGCCUUCCCUUCAGCUUGUCGAAACGUCAGUUAUAGUUGCUGCAUUAGGAUGUAUCGAUAUAAAUUCUCACCCAGACGAUCAGACAACACAACCAACAAAGCCAUUGCAGUAAUUACAGUACCAUGAUAUAAAUUAAAGAAUAACGUCGCAUAUUGCAUCAUUUUGGUGCUUGAUUAUCGCUGCAGUCUCGUUCACGGUUUAACUUGCCGAUUUUUUAAGGGCGCUCAAACUAAAGUAAGCUGAGACGAGUUGAAUCCGGCGUCCCAAUCAAAAUUGGGGAAUAUAUUGAUAAAGUCUGCCUGAUUUCAAAUAGAGGUCAGCAUCAGAUGGAGUAUAUUUACCCCGUCAUUUUCACAUAAACUGGAUUGUUUCUUAGCGCGGAAAAAUAUUUUAAUUUAUAAAUUCCGGGUUUGAAAUGAAGUUUACUGUACGUAGGUUGGGAAUUUUUGAAAGAAAUGUGACACACUCCUUUCUAAGCCUAAUUUCUCGAGACCAAUCGCACUCUUUGUGCCAGAAAGUCAAAAAGUUAAUGACGAAAACGUUUAAUCAAUAGAAGGCCAUUAAGCCUUUCAUCGUUCUUUCUUGACAUGGCUUAGUGUCAGUGAAUAUUUACCGAACGCGCCGAGACGUAUAUGGUCCCAAAAUUAAUAGUGUUAUUGUUCACUAUGAAACAUAGAAAAAGUCCUUAGAGUCUUUUAGCUCCUGGCACACGAAAAGUGGAAGCGUGGGAAAAGUCAUAGGACACUGAAACAAGAGGUUUGCGCUUAAAUAGAUGUUGUCCAUUUAUUGCAGAAAAAUUUUUCCUUGAAGAAAUUGGUCCAGCUUAAGAGUUCCAUUAACUCGUGUUUUGAACGCUUCGGCCGAACAUUGUAGUGUGGUAAAUCGACUCUCGGUUUCUUGGGAAUUUUGUGUAUAAAGACACAUGUUAGGACUAAUUUAAAUAAACAUUACCACAUUUACACUUACAGCACUACAACAUAUCUGUUUCGAUUGAAAAACCUUCGCAUCUGAUAGCGGCGGGUUAACGAAAUCUGUUCAGAGGGUGACUCACAAGAAACUUUCAAACAGAAUUAACUUUCUACCAUAGAGGUUAACAGAGGAAAUCGAAAGAAGAAUUCGUUGGCUUUGGGAAGAGCUGCUUCGGGAUUGAGGUGAGAUUUGAAUUUAUUUUUGAUACUUUAACCACACAUUCAAGGAGAAAAAUUUAAAUUCAAGUUCACGCUCGUUUUUGGAAAGAGACUGCUGCUUCGGCGUUAAGGUGAGAAUUGAAUUUAUUUUUGAUGCUUGAACCACACCUACAGAGAGCAAAUUUCAAAUUAAGUAUGAAAACAUAUGUCAAGUUAAUCCUCUUUCUUUCCUGAAUUAUUAGGAGCAAAAGCACAUUUUACUUGAAAAAAAAAACAGCAAUCUCGCGCGAAGGAAAGUCUUGAAGUCUUUAUAAUAUUUUGUUCAAAUGACUCACUCUUAUUAACAACUACGUCGUAAGGUAAAUCAAAUAAUAAAAAUUGUGUAAGCGGCGAUCAUCAUUAUGGGAUCUAAAUUGAUGAUUAGUUGUGACAAGGUCUUGUACUGUCACAUUGGGAGACAUUACUAGGUUAAAAAAAGUCAUUAGAUCAUGUCCAUAUACGCUUAAAUGAAUUAUGGGAGAGUUAUGUCUUGCUGAAAGUAAACAUUGUUUGCGAAUAGCAAAAAAAUUCUCACGAUAUUUAAAAAAAAAGACCUCUUCCAAACAGGUAUCUUAUUGUAAUGAAGUCUCUGAUUGUUAUGUUUUCCUAUGGAAUAAAACAUUGUCUCUAAUUUCCUAUGGUCUAACUUCGAAGUUUUUCUCAAGCAAAAACUACUAACUAAUUGGAAAAGAAAGUUGACAUACAUUAGGCACCGUUGUUUAAUCCUUCCAUCAUCAUUUAAUCAUUAAAAAAAUAUAAAGGUAAUGAGCAAAUCUUUGUCAGCAAAGAGUCACUUAUCUUCUGACUUCUUCUGCUGAGACAGAAUAUGAAGGAACAUGAUCCUCAAAAUGUCAAAAAGCCGGUUAUCAUGAUGAUAUGUCAUCCACAUCACCAACGAGAAAUCUGAAAAAAAGUAUGUGCGCAUAUAUUAUUCAUGAAGGAAACUUGCCUUAAAUGAUCUCCCCUCAAAAUUUUAAAUGCAAAAAAAAUAAUACCCCUUUCAAGACUAUUCCCCGCACAUGUGAGAGAAAACCUAGUCUUCAUAUCAUUUCCACAGAAUAUUAAUAAUAGCGUGUGAGAUCUGAAAUAAAACUGGAUGUCGUAUUCAAUAUAAAUACUGAAAAGAUCGAUUCGCAGAUUAUGAAUUCUUUCCCAGAGAAAAGGAACACCAGUCAAAGUUAUCCUAUCUCCUUCCGAUUCCACAUACCAACUAUAAAUGCAUGAAGCAAUUUUUCUUAGAAUGCUGUUAAACUGUAGGAAAAUAUCAAUGAUUUGUUCCGCUUUUUCACUCUCGAGAAAUCUGAAUGAAGUUACCUAAUUUGAUUUAAUCAAGAGGAUAUUUACGUCUCACAGUUUCUGAGUUCAUGGAAUCUUAUAGCUUUUAAAUUAAUUUAACAUUUAACUAUUGUGUGAUUCUAAUUUAGUAUUUCAUAGGGCUAUAACGGAGACUAAAGUCUUUGGCUUUAAUUAUGCUCCCUAUCCAAAAAAAAACAUUUUACUUCUGUCGCCGAGAUCAUGUUUUGUAACAGUAUUAUAAAUGAAUGAUGCAUUUGUACCGGGUCCAUCUGAUCUCCUUAGGAUAAAAAUAGGUUAUUAUUGACCGGUUGAUGGUUUAUUUGUUCGGUUUAGGAUUCCCAUGGAAACUAAUUAAAUAAUUGACAACAAUUAAGAACGACCAUCAAGAAAAAACCCGACUCUUUGUAGUAAAUACGAUCUGCACCAUAGCAUUAGAGACUUUAAGUCAUCAGAAAUGUGCUCUGUUUGCCAUUUGCUCUUAAUAACGACUUUUUUCGUUAUUCAGGCCGAAAGCCAUUUUCAGCCAGGCCGUUUCCAGUUACAAUAAAGUGUAUAGCUACCUACCUAUCUGGUUAUUCGGUCACGCAGUACAGUUAAGUGCCUCUGUAUCUGGGCGUUGUUAUAUUUGAUUGUUUGUUUUGUUGAAAGUUCACUAAUUAGUUCAGUGAUGUCAUUGAGAAAUACUUGUUUGCUUUUGGCUCAAAAUAAGUUCUCCGCCCAAAUAUUUUCAUUGUAUAUCAAAACCGUUACGAGUGACAGACUAAAAACUAUGAAGAAAAAAUUGCCUGUACAUCAACGCCAAAAGCAGAAAGUUCCAGGUUGGAGACGUUUAGUGUCUUUUUUCGGUAAAAAAGAAAGACUGCAGGUUUUCAAAUACCAGAAAGGCAGGAAUUUGAAAGUCGAGAUUGAAGGCAACGAAAAAUCGCUAUAUCCAACUGAUAAGACCCACAUGAAUGGGUGCUUAGAAGGAGAUAAAGAGCUGAACCAAAGAAAGAGAAGGCCAGCGAUUUGUGCUGUAAAAGAAGAAAAAACCAGGUAUAAUGGGAAAUCUCUAUCGGAGCUCAGGAAUAACUUGAUUAUUCGAUAUGUAUUAUUCAAUUCUGGACUUAUUUGAAGAGGAACCAAAGAGGACAUGCCUUGAGACUGACUCAAUUUCAAACGAACGGUUUUAUUGCGGAUAAAUGAUAAUUUUACUCGGGAUACCGACUCAGUAGUUGUCAAGCAAAAUAGGUCUCGCACCGAAAAGGUUCCUGCGAGUGUUUUGAAGACGUAACUUUGGUGUGGUUGCAAAGACACUCGUGCCCUUCGCUAAGAAUUCCAUCAAAGGACAAAUUGUAACGUAAAGAUGGAGGGAAAAGGUUGUCAAGAGUGCUCUGUUUUUUCUUUAUAAAAUCUUGUAGAUUAGCACACUAAUGCCAAGAAAUUCAAGCGUGGUUUUCGCAAGGAUGAAAAGAGCGAGUUGAUAGGGAUAUUCAUAUCAUUUUCAUUAUUCGUCGUCAAUUUGACAACAGUUUUGUUCAAAUUCAGAUCCGAGUUACUUUAAGGCAUUCCGUGGGGUUAAUAACACAGCGAGUAAUUUCUUCUCAACUACGUUUCUGCGAGGGAAACUGAUUUUUUCGUGUCAAAAAUCUAUACAAAAAAUUAAUUCACGGCCAUUUGAUCACUCAACAACCGAUGACUAUUAAUUUUAGAGCAAGGGAAUCCGCUGGCAUAUAACAAGUUAAGUAAUAGUGUCGAAAAGAAACGAGAACUUUUUCGUCUCAUUUUAUAAAGAAACAACUAAAUGCAUCAUAAAGUAGUUGCGAUUGUCCAUUGGUGUAUAGUCCUCCAUAUAUGCAGCGCUUAUUGAUUGGAUGUCGUGGAACCAAAACCAUAGUAGUCACAGCGACAAAAUAAUCAUUGACAGAAAAAGACCAGUGAGAACUCAAAAUAAAAAAAUAAUAAUAAUGGUAAAAAAAACAAACUGCCCAAAACGCGGAAACGCGGCCGAUCAAGUCGUGAUUUGUUUUAGUUUUGCAACUGAUUAGUUGAGAGGUUGGCGCAAAUUUUUUGGACGGCAAUUACAGAGCGGAGUAAAUCAAAACCACUACAAUCUCGCAUACACUUUCGACACACAAUUGAAAAUUGAUCCACGGCGAACAUGGUAUAGCAACAAAAAUUUCAAUGUGGUUUGAAAUCAUUUAAGACUUUAUUCUCCCAUAGCAUGUCAAAUGAGCAGCGAUGGCGAGAUUUCUUACUUGCAUAUUCUGUAAAUAAAGAUUGGAAAAUGGUGACUUUCAAGUUGUUAUUUGUUUAUGACCAGUCAAGGAUGGCAUACUUUAUCAGGUUAUUACUUUGAAAAGACUCUCAAACGAAAUUGUUAAUUCAACACAACAAUAAACUAAAACUAAAGAGGUAUAUUGAUUAAAAACUCCUGCUGUUGCAGAUUCGAGCCAUUACAGAAAUCCUGACGUCUGCGUAAAAUAUGCUUAAAAAUUCAUCCGUUGAUUUGAUUAGUGAAACGAUUGUAAAACCCUAAAUUAUGAAAAAUCAUAUUUCACACCAGGUGGGACGAAAUCUCUGGUAGAAAGGAUGACAGGUACCGACUGGUGACACCUAAAUAGUGAUUGAAAUGUAUCCAUACACUCUGGUAGAAGAGUUUUGAUAAAUUUUGGGGAUCCUUUUUAUUUCGUGUUAGAAAUCAGUUGUUGAAAGCCAUAAUCAUCGUGCAAGCGUUCUUUGAUUCAUCUUGAAUUCAAAAUUGGACUCUGACAAAGUCUUUUCAAAAAUUGGUCCCAAAGCUUUUUUUUUAAUUAUGUUGAGAUUUUCAUUACGUAUUGAGAACUAGCAAAUAACCAUUACGAUCAUUAUCAGGAAGAUCAAAAAUUUAAGAAGUACUCUUGCACUAAGCGGAGAAAAACAAUGUAGGCAUUUACAGAAACGCAAAAGAGGCGAACUCCAGUAAGAACAAACAAACAACUUAAAAAUUGCUGCUAAAUGCAGAUUGAUUUUUCUUUUAUCGCUAAAAACAAAGUCACUUUGCCAACGCAAAUCAGCGACUUUCGAUCCGCAAUAAAAGUCGUGCGAAAAAAAGCGACAAAAACACAAUAAACGAACUUCUGCCAUCAGGAUUUCAUGCGAAAACCCAGAGUUAAAGAAAUGUUCUAGGGAGUAUCAUAGGCAAGCGAGGCAGUUUCAGCUUACUUGGUAGGUUUAGUUUAUCGCUUUUUGAUGGCCCUAGAUGGGGUUCAUCCGACUAACUUCUCCUAAUGUUGUUAUUUCGCAGAUUACUCUGCUUACGGGUCUAUUUUUUUUAUUCACUGAUCCUGUGCCUGAUUUAUCACGGAGAUCAGUGUGAUCGAGUGUUCUACUUCCUUCAUUACUUGUUGACCAGUUCUCGUACAAUUUGAAUUUAUUGCCGAUUAAACUUCGAUGAGAACUUGGACAAAACUUGUCCCGUUGAGGAAAGAUAGAAGAUUAGUCGAGAGGAAAUUAGCGCAUCAAAAUAAUCAAAAUAAUCAAAAUAUGUUGCUUGAAUGUAAGAAGACGGGAAGUAAUAAUCUCAUGUUUCACCGAGAUCCCGAAGCAGACUGGAAUCAAAUGCAUAAAAAAGAUGUUUUGAAAUCAAUAUUAGUAUGGAUAUACAUAUACUUCUAAUGAGGCUUAGCUUGAAAUAUCGAAGGGGAAAGUGUUUAUUGGCCAUUAACCGCAACGCGUAUCACGAACUUAUGCUUUACCUUGUAUCCCUUUCAAGGACCGCCGAGAGUGAACCAUUUCUCAACACAGCUGUUCCAAAGGAAUUUUUUUUCCUAUGUUGUGGAUGAGAGGUUAGCCCAAGACUUGCCAAAAUGUUGGUCGCUACUUGCCGCGUGGCUGUGCCUAAUUUAAUCCCACAACAAAAGAUCUUUUGCUUUGGCGCUUACACUUCCAUGACCUUGUUAGAUUAGUCGUGCCACAAUUAAUGCCUGCAGUCCCUGUUGCAUCCACCCCCGUCAUCUGAAAUCAGUUAUCUCUAACAACUAACCUGGUUGUAACAGACCAGAAAUUUCCAACGAAUAAAUGCUGUAAAUGUUCAAAUUAAGAUGUGCGUAUGUUUCCAUUUAUCUUCAGAUUACCCAAAUACUUUGAAAAGUAAGUACGAAUUGAUUGAACUUGCCAAGAACCAAGAUAGUAGAGCGGGGUACCCUUAUCCAGAAGACGAGUAUGAAUGUCUCUAACUCAUCGACUCCAUCGUCAAGCCAGCCUCUACCUGGAAUAACCAACUUCACACGUUUUACAUACUCCAUUCUGUCUAUCGUCGCUAUGAUAGGAAACACCCUGGUUAUUCUCGUCUUUGUCGAGAACAAGAAACUUCUAAGGAAAUCAUACAACAUACUGAUUCUGUCCUUGGCCGUAUCCGAUGUUAUGACUGCCUUACUUCUCAUCACCAACCCAGCUUUUGUCCUCGGUAACGCGUUUCCUUAUCCUACAAAUCACGUCAUUGGUGACAUCUUCUGCCGAUUCAUAUGGAGUCGUGUGAUUCUAUUUCAGUUAGUGGUCUUCUCCGCAUACAUCUGUAUGGCUUUGGCAACAGAGCGGUGGUAUGCAGUGGUCAGGCCAUUUCAAUACCAAGAAGUCUUUAACAAGAAGCGAACCCUCGUUUACAUCUUCCUCGUGUGGCUAUGGUCGCUCCUCCUAGUCAUUACAACCCCAUUCGAAGUCGUUUUCGUUCCUUCGAAUUCACCUAGCCGCCGAUGCAAAUGGAAGUUUCUCUGGGGCCAAAAUACAGUCCGUGCUGUUGUUGGAACUAUUCAAGUCCUGUUCAAAAUGGUGCUUCCAAGCCUGACCAUGUUGUGCCUGUUCAUUCACAUGGUUUGUAAGGCAAGCAGGUCCAAUGUCGCCUCAGCUGAGAGCAAGGCCAAAUUACGCGGGAAAAUGACGCGCAUGGUCGGCGCCGCUUGCUUCGUGCUCAUCAUUUGUUUCGCGCCAAGUCAAACCAACUACGCUUUGACAGUAAUGGGAAAAGCGCGACUGGAUACCAAAUUACAUCAUUUCCUUUCUCUUCUGGUAUUCGUCAGCAGCUGUGUGAAUCCGUUCAUAUAUGGGAUAAGCAACAAGAAUUACCGGGGAGGCUACCUCAAAAUCCUGUCCUCAGUGUGC